UGAUGAAAACCGGAGAGAGCGGCUUCACCGUCUUCAGGCUUCUGGCCAAAACCGGGAUGUGGAUCUGGGUCCAGGCCAACGCCAGGGUGGUCUUUAAAGCAGGGAAACCGGACUUCAUCGUGGCGCGGCAGAGAGCUCUGACAAAUGAAGAAGGAGAAGAGCAGCUGCGCCUCCGCCGGCUGCAGCUACCGUUCAACUUCACCACCGGAGAGGCGUUACUUUACGACAUCACCCCGAGCGUCGACGUCCCCGACCCGUGCUCCGCCCCCAAGCAGAGGAAGUUAGACAGCUACACCGUCAGCCGCGACUCCAUACUGGGCGCCAUGCUGAGUCAGGAUCAGUCUCUCUACUGUGAAAACAGCAACGGCAACACCCUCAACUCCGCCAACGACAUCGCCUUCCAGGACACGCACGCCACAGUCAACGUCCCCGGAGACGUCUGGCAGCUCACCACGCCCAAACCCGUCAUGGGGAGCCUGGUGAAGGCCGAGGCCACCGUUCAGGACAUGAUGGAGACGCUGCAGCAGAUCCUCGGGGAGAACGACCUCGCCGACGCCCUGGACGUGGGUCCGGAGGAGCUGAAGAGCUGGGAGAGCACGCUGCUGAAGAUGAACACCUGCGAGAUGAACGAGGACUUGGACGAUAUCUUGAGCAACGACAUCCUGUCGUACGUGGAGGAGCAGCUCCAGAGGGAGGGGCGGCUCAAACUGCCGGAUCAGAUCGACGACAUACCGGACUGUCUAUCCAUGCUGGAGCUCCAGAACCAGAACCCGGAGCAGGGCGGGGAGCUCGGCUGGCCUCUGGAGAACCAGCUGAUGCCAAACGGAGGACAGACGAUGAAACUGACCCACAUGGACCUUCCUCAGAUGAGCUUAAACGGUCCAACUCUGCAGGAGAUCUCCUCACAGCAGGCGCUCCCGAAUUCUGUUCAGCUGGGAGCGCCAGGCGACGCCUUCAACGGCCCGAUGGCGUCUCAACUGAGAAACAUGCAAGCCGCUGCCAAGGACCUCGGAGCGUUCAGCCAAAACAGUCACACCAACCAAAUGUCCCAAACAAUGCAGAUGAGGACGCCAAACGUCCCGAUCGGCCUCCAGGACCAAAGCGUGAAACGACAUCCCGUGUUUACCUUUCAGGGAAACCAGUGGAACUCGUCCGUCCCAAACCAAGCCGACGCCUUUGUAGAAACGUACACCCAAAAUAUUUCAAACGAGACAGGUUUCCCCGCAGACCCGUCCUCGUCCAGCUGCUUACAGGGACACUUUGCACUUCAGACACAAAACAGUGACAAUCAGAGACAGUCCUGGUCGCGGGAGCAGCCGCUGAUCUCAGGCGGACACCAACAAAUGAGUCUCAACCAAAUGUCCGGAUUUCAGGGGAAUCCGGGACUCGUCACGUCCCACGCCGUCAACAGCAGGCCGAUGUUCAGGACUCCAGACACUUCAGAUGUACUGUUUCCCGUUCAGCCGGUCCUCGAACCGCAGCCUCUCGCACCUUCCAGCAGCUGUAUGUUCAGAAACGCCCCCGCUGCGGUGCCCGCGAACAGAGCGCACCUCAGUCAGGCGCCGUCCUGCCAGAGACUGAACCCCAACGCCAACCAGAUUCCCUCUAAGCCGUCCUGCUUCUAUCAGGGUCUCCCCGGAGGUGGAGCCGUGCCGGGGACGACGGCGAUCCCCGGUCCCGACGAGGCGGCGCUGUCCUGCCAGAUGACGGCCGGCCUCAACACGGACAGCCUGCUGGUGCAGCAACAGCCGUACCUGAGCUUCAGCGAACAGACGCAGAUCAACAGCCGUCCGGUGGUCGGGAACGGAGGUUUCCCGUUUUCCUCGCUGCCCAACGGGAACGCCUACUACUCAGAGAACAAAUAGGAAGGAGCUGCUGUGACUCCUGGACGGCGGAGGAAACGUCAGUUUAAAGGAAGCAGAAAGACUCCUGUCUCUAAACACGAAAGUGGACUGAAGAACAGAAACGACGAGGAAACCGUGACGGAAGCUGUAAGUGUUUUCGGUUCAGGACGUCCGGAGAAAAGAAAUUCCCUCUUAGGAGCUGGUUGGAUUGUACCAAAAAAAAAAAAAGAUAUGGGAUGACCUGAGUCAGUGAUUUGUUUUGUGCAAUCACGAUCAAGUUGCAGGAAUUUGAACACGAGCACGUCCGGAUUUUCUGCCACGUUGAUGGAGGAAAGUUUGGCUUCAGCCCACGUGAUGUCGUCACUCGUCGUCGGCCAAUCAAGCGGCUCGGCGCCGCUUUUGUCUGAGGUGGGAAUGUUAACUAAAUCAGCUCUUAGUCCUCAUCCUGGACGUCUUUUCUCACGCAUAAUGUACAAAGUCUGGCUUUCUUUUGCCUUCUUUGAUUUAUUCCGAGCUGGAGGGCUCAUUGUGGUAAAAUGAGCGUCGACCGGUGUCUGUAAUUGAUGUUUCCCAGACGCAUCUGCCUGCAGGCUCGUGUGCUUUGACAUUUGCACACAGCAGGUUUGGUUGCCCCUGCGACAGCAACCCAACCGUUCAAAAAAAAGAAAGAAGUUUGAUAUCGUAUGUUUCUGCACGUCACAGAUACGUUACAUUUGCACGUCGUUAUGUAGCAGACGUGCUAAAACUUAACGCUUUAAUGAAAAGGCAACUUUCAGGGCUGAGAAAUGAAGCCAAAACAUGAGACAUAAAAAGAUUCAGAAAAUAGGUUUUAAAAAGAGGCAGGAAAAAGGCAAAGGGAAACUGUAUUUAGCUGUUUAUUCGCGUGUUGGAUGUUACGAGCUUGGAGGAAAAGUGCCGAUAACAUGCCACAGAGAAAUGAAAACAGCAUAACUCCACUGUUUCUUACAUUUUAUGAGAAAAAGUGCAAGGUUUAAUCUUCUGGAUCUCAUGGAGAGAGAAAUUAGAAAUAUCUGACAUAUUUCGCUGUUCAGUGUGACACACUUGGAUGCUGGUUUUGCACCUGCAGGCUGGAUUUGUCUGCGUUUGAAAGAAGAGAAAAGCCUGGCAGGAUGAGGACUAAGUGGGCGGUUUGUUUAACCUCCUCACCUCCGAUAAAAAGCCCCGCGCGUCCACGUCCGUCUCCCACACAGCGGCCGACGCUUGAAUGUCUGAACUGAAUGAAAUAAAAAGAAAGACGACCUCCCGUCGAUCCUCUGAGGUCUCCGACGCACAAACGCCAUCCUCCCCUCAAACCCGUUUUCUACUUCGAGCGCUCAGAAGGAUGAAAUAUAUCUUUUUUUUGUUGUUGUUGCUGUUUUUGUCCUUUUGAAAAAAAGGCGUCUUGAUUAAGUUCAUUUCAACUCUUCACUGUCCCGGCGGGGGAUAUUUGCUUUGCAGACAGGGUAUUAAAAAAGGAAAAAAGAAAACGCACAACAAAAUCAUCCUACUAACAAAUGGUUUUAAAGAUUGAAUUCAGUGAACACAGCUGCUUGUUAGAGCCUCUUUUGUUUAUUUGAAAGAGCUUUUUAUCACUGAGCCAGUUCUUCAUUUUUCUUUCUAGAUUUUUUCUGUUGUUUUCCUGUUGUAGGGAGAAAGAAAAAUACAGACGGUGCCUCAAACUGACGGGAAGUCAGUCUGUUGAAAUUUUAAAAACAUUUCCACCGGGAAUAUUUGCAUAAAAAAUUUAUAUAUUUGAUGUGAACCAAACCAAACCCUUGCCUUAACUAGCCAUUUUUUGAGAUUUUUUUGCACUAUUCCUUUAAAGUUUUUGCCAAAGCAUAGUGAAGAGAAAAUAAUUCAUAAAUCCUUUAAGAGCUUUACAAAAUAAAAAGAGAUUCCCGACGCAGGAUAACAAAAUUAAGACAUUUUUAGUGCUCUAGGUUUUAUAGAUAUUGGAUUAUAAAGUUAUUAUUGUGUCUUAUUUGGAAUAAUAAU